AUGGGGCCCAGAGGCAGCCAAGUCAAGGUCCUUGCCUGUGGAGACCACAGGCUUACGGGAGAGACCGUCACACAGGGCAGCAGCCCCGGAGAGCUGGAGCGGGGCACAGUGGCCCCCACCCUUCGCGCCACCUCCUCCUUUCAAAGGCCCCUCCCCCAGGAGGCCUUGCUCUCUCAGACCUCCUCUCCUUGGGAGCCUUUCCGGAUUACCCGCAGCCGGCCUUACCGCCCGCCUUACAGCCCGGCCCGGGUGGUGAAAACAGACCACCCCGCCCCCAUUCCUGGAUCCGCUGGCACCCCGCACCCCCAGCCACAGGUGGCCGGAGGAGGAUCGGAGCGCAGCGCUUCUCGGCCCGGCCUCCGGAUCACCCCUCGGCCCGCCCCCGGGGGCCUCCCGGGUCCCCCGCCCCGCCGGGCCGAGGAGGGCCGGGAGCCGGGGGGAGGGGCGGGGGGCCGGGUCGUGCCAGGCUGCCAUUUUCUGCCGCCGCCGCGGAGCCUGCGCGGGGCCCGGCCCCCGCCCCCUCCCCCGCUCCCUGCGGGCCGCGCCGGGAGCCGAUCAUUCCGGGUCGGGGUCCGCGCCCUCCAGCGCCCCGGCCGCAGGCCCCAGGCGGGGCCCCGGGGCGGGGGCAGGGCCCGGAAGGCGGAGGCGGCCAGGCCGGGGCCCCUGCGGCAGCGCCGAGCCGGGCACCACGCCCUGGCCCCGCGAGCGCCCGGCGCCGAGUUGCAGGGGUCCGGGAGCGUGCCCAGAGCCGGGCACUGCCCGCCGCCGUGCCCCCCGCCCGGCCUCCCCUCCUCUCCGCCCGCCUCCGGGCCGGCCUCCCGGGCCGCCAGAAGCGGCGCUCAUUACCGUGUGGCCGGUGGGGUCGGGCCGGCCCGGCUGCGCGCCCUGGCCUCCGCCCGCUGCUCGCCCCCCGCGGCCGCGCUGGCCCCGGCCCCGGCGCUGCGGAGCCGGCCCGGGAGGCAGCGCCGACUGGGGGGCCCCGGGGCGCCGCGGCGACGGAGGGCCGGACCCCCGCAGCGCCCCGACCCUGCGCUGGGCCUGGGCACCUCGCCUCCGCCGCGCUCCGGGCCACUCCGCCGGGGGCCUUGCUGCAGCCCUCCCCCCCGCGGGGUGCCCCGCUACCUGGCGCUGCCUCUGCGCUGGGUCCCCGCAUCCAGCACUGGCCGCAGGGACAGCGGCCCCUCCUCUCCCUGGGCCGGUGUCAGUGCCUCCCCCCAGCAGCCCGUGGAGCCCCCGGCGGCCUUCACCCUGCAGUUCUCCCGACCUCCACCAGAGCCCACUGCACUCUGCCUGCCUCAGCACUGGGGCUGGGGACAGCAGCGCCGGCCCAUCAGCACAGCAAUCCCCACCCGACCCGCCACCCCCGCCAGGUGCCGCCGCCGCCGAGUGGAGGCCAGACCACUCAACAGGGCCAAGGUCGGGGGGCCAGGUCCAUCCAGGCCGCCCUAA